AAUUAUCCGUUGAAACAUUCCCUGUUCCCUCUCUCGCAUAUACCAUCGGCUGGCAAGUCACCGUCUGAACGUUGGAACCCACCGCGCAGCGAUAUACAACUUCCAGAGUCUCUUCAUUCGAGUCUUGUCUCAGGUGCAUUCUCCGCGCCAAACGUCACCGCGCGCUGUGUCGUGGCAGUGCAGGGCUUGAUUCGCAUCAUAUCCGAAGUCGACGUCGCAAAGGGCAUUGCCCUCAGUCAUCUGCAAACAUGGCUGACUCCAACAAUGGAGUGCCACGCCGAAAGCCAGUCCCUCGAUCAGCACAGCCAUUACCGGACGGAUGGGCAGCAGAUCUCACUGCUCAAUUCCGACGCACUCUAUCGACAAAGCGCAUGAAUGAGCUGAGCGGGCGUCCUGGAUCUUUGAGGAAGAAUUCUCGACGAAGGCCGGCUGAGCUCGUCGUUCGUCCGAAUCAAUCAUCAACCACGUCACGGCCUACGACGUCAGAUCUAUCCACUCAGCAGCCGCUACCACAGGGCCCGCCAGCGCUCCCUCCACGAGAUGAUUCAAAGACGCCAAUUCCGCAUGCCAUCACUGCGGUUGCGACUUCGACGCCGCCACCGCCCUCAUAUUCUUCAUUGCGACACAUGCCUAUGGUUCCUACCGCGCCUGACGACAACAAGUCGAUUCGAUUCCGUAGCUUGUUGAUGUCGCUGUCGAACAUUCCUACCAAAUGGGAGAAUCCGGGACUUCUGGACGAGGCAAUGCGCACUCUGCCGUUGCAGCGUAUCUACGAUGAGGCGCAGGAGGAGGCAGACACUUACCUCGCAGAGGCCGCGUCCCUCGGAGACAACAUUCGCGCGGCCUGGGGUUACCAAGAUUGUGUGGUUCGAGCGCUGAUGAAGUGGUUCAAGGCGGAGUUCUUCGAGUGGGUGGACAAUCCCAAAUGCGCAACCUGCCGGUCCGUCACAAUCGCGCAGGGAAUGGUGGCCCCAUUGCCUGACGAAUCUGCCCGUGGUGCCAACCGAGUCGAGCUAUACCAGUGCAGCAAUCAGUUGUGCCAGUCCUUUGAGCGAUUUCCCCGUUACAACGAUGCCUUCGUUCUGCUGCAGACUCGACGAGGCCGGGUGGGUGAAUGGGCAAAUUGCUUCAGCAUGCUUUGCCGUGCGAUCGGCAGUCGGGUGCGAUGGGUUUGGAACUCUGAAGAUCACGUCUGGACGGAGGUUUACAGUACUCAUCGCAAGCGAUGGGUCCAUGUGGACUGUUGCGAGGGUGUGUGGGAUCAGCCCCUGCUCUACACUGAAGGCUGGAAACGACAGAUCGCAUAUUGUAUUGCUUUCUCGGCCGACGGCUGUCAGGAUGUCACCCGCCGUUACGUUCGGGAUCCGAUUGCGCACGCCCUUCCACGACAACGCUCGACUGAAGCUCAAUUGCAGCACAUUCUUGCUGAGAUCAAGGCCCUGCGCCGUCGCGACCUCGACAAGCAGGAUCGCUUCCGUCUCAAUGCCGAGGAGAUGCGCGAGGAUGCCGAGCUGCGCAAGAUCAUCAUUGAGACGCUGGCGCGGAACGUGGCCCGAAUCUCAACGGCCGCGUACACGCCUGGCGCCUCUCCCAUGGAAGGUGUCGUCGCUACCAACACCCGCGUCGAUGCAGACGCGCAGAAAGCUGCGGAGCGCCGCCAGGGUGGAAUCGACGCUCGCAGGGCAUACGUCGCGCAGCAGCAACAGCAGCAACAGCAGCAGCCCCCACAAGACUGACAUUGGCAUCAGCGGUGAUUUCACCACGACUCGAUUCACUUCAUUGCAUCCUCUUGUGUUCACCGAUCAUCCCGACGCAUACCGGGAAAACGGCAUCCACCAAGAGCAAUCCGUUCUGCACGUUCCAUGCAGUGCCGGACCGAUUUGACGCACAGACUCAAC